CUGGCGAGUAAAAUUGAAAUUUUGAAGUAACACCUUGAUUGAAUAAAACAGCUUUCUGUUUUAGAAUGCAGGUUAUCUAAAAGAAUUUGCUGCAAUUAUUUCUUUCAGUUUCUUUGUCCCUGGUUUUGACUAUUAAAUGCAUGCAUUAAUUUUUGCCAUAGCCUGUGAAAUUUAGAAUUAUUUUUUCUCUGUAUUUUAUUUUGUUCUUACUUCAUGUCAUGAUGACGAAAACAUCAUAAAUGUCUAAGCAUUAUUAAUAUACCUCAAGCAUGUAUUCUACCCCAGUAAAAUAAGGAACUAAUAUUCAUGUAAUGAUUGAAGGAACAUAAUUCUUUAUCCUAUAAGAAGAUACAGUAACUAACUCUGUGCCAUGCUGCUUUAAAAAAACAAUAAACAAAUACUGGCGCACAAAUGGAAAAUACCUGUGCACUAACUAUUUUACCAGUUAUUCCAAAAUGGAAGAUUUAUAACUCAGUUCCAAAAAAACCUGUCAAAUAUUGUGCCAUUCUAAAAGAGAAAAGAGAAUUUCAAAACUUAUUGGAAAAUGUUUUUUCAAAAAAGGUGAAGAAUUCAUGCUCUAUUAUUGAUAAAAAGAAGAUUGAUACCUCAAAGGAUAAAAAAAGUUUAGAAAUUAUUUUUCUCAACCAGGAAGAAAAGGAUUUGCUAUCUUUAAACCUUUCUAUAAGUGAAAAACAUGCACUAAGAAGGAGAAAUAACUUGUUAAUAUUUCUUAAAAACAAUUCCAAUAAUAUAAAAUACCAUAUUGAAGAUGGCAGUAUUUAUGUAAAAUGUGAUGUUAACAUUCAGUGGCAUAUAUUUUAUGACUUGUUUGAGUUUCUUCUUGUAAAGUAUGGCAUCUGCAAUAUUGGUGCUCUUUUCUAUUGUGUUCUUUUUUCUGGUUGUAUGUUAAAGCAAGAAAUAAGAUUUCUAUGUUGUAAACCAAUAGACAUCAGUAGCCCUUCAUAUAAUUUUUUACUGGAUUUACGUGAAAGUACUUCGAUUAAAAACUCUUGCUUAACUUCAAGGAAGUUACCAAAACGGGUGAGGUCUUAUCAAAAUCAUCUCGAUGACAAUCUUGUCCCAGCAGAUAGCCAAGAAUUAUCAUGUAAGAUUCUUUCAGACCUGAUACCGUGUCGGAAAACUAUGGAUAUGAAUAGCAUAAUGCCCAAACAAAAGGUUCCCAGGCUGGAUUGUUUUUGUUCGGAAAUACAUUGUAAAUGCCAUGAGACUGAAUGGAAACUUCACAGAAAAAUAUCCAAAUGCAGUGUAGAUAGUUAUAUGGAUAUAUUACUGAAGAAAGGUGUGACCUCCAAUGAUGAACUCUCCAUCGCUCAGGGUGAAUCUAGUUUUAGCUCAACCUUUGGUAAUUUUUCGAAUCAAGAUUUUGAUUCAUUAUUAAAUAAUGUUAUAGAAAACUCUGAUCCUCCUAUAGACUUAUUGCCAAAGAGAAAGGAUUUACCGUUGAGUAAAUCUCAAAAUUGUGAUAGAUAUUCUCAAAAUCCUGGUAAUCCGUGUGGAAUUUCAACAAGCAAUAUAGCACCUGGAUUAAUAAAUAGCCCUGCAAGAAAUAAACUUGAACCUAAACCUGAAUCUUUAUUAAAAGCCAUUAAUCUUUUGAAUGAAGACAUGGGGGGAAAUGAAAAUUUUUCUUUUUUACUUGAGGAGUUUUCAGAUAAGAAAAAAUGUACAACUCCUUUUAAUAUGUUUCAGACUGCAUCCGGUAAUAAGGUUAAUAUUUCAGAUUCAGCUUUAAAAAAGGCUGAAGAAAUGUUUACUGAAGUAAUGCAGGCUGAGGGUGAUUCUGUCAGUGAUGAUAAAAGUGUAAAUGUGUUACCAGAAAAUAAAUUUAAAGCAGAAAGGAGCAUGUCUUCUUCCGAUCACAAAUCCGCUAACAUGCCAGGACCAGUGAGAGAUAAGCAUUUGAGUGACAAUGUUGAUGGAAUGUUAGUGGAUGGCUUUUUUGAAGAUAUCUGUUUUGAUGAAAAUGAUGAAUGUUUGACUGAUGCCUCUCAAUCUUCUUCAAUGUGCAAUAAUAAACUUAAAAAACUAUCUUCUGUCGGUAAAGUUCGGAAAAGCCUUGGCGGAAGAAGAUCGCUGAAACCUUAUUCAAAAAAGAUUGAGAUACCUGAUGUUAAAAAUCUUUGAAUGAGUUUUUAUAAAUCCUUUCAUUCCAUUAGUAAUUUUUACUAGUAUAGUUUCGAAAUAAUGAAUUUAUCCAAAAAUGUUUUAAUUACAAUACAGCUGUUUCAAACAGACAUAUAAUUUUAUCCACAGCUUCCAAUUCUAUUGGAUUUUCCAGUAGACUACUGGAUUUUUCCAGUUUCUACUAGUUUACUUAAAAUUAUCCUGGUUUUUGUACAUUUUAGAAAAAUCCCUUAAAUUGAGUAAGCUUCCUAAAAAAAAUCCUUAUUGCAAUGGAAUUUCUAUACAAAUUAUUGCUUGCUUGCUUGAAUAUUUAAAUAAGUAUAACUAAUGCAUAAUGAAGCGAACCUCAUUUAUAGUAAUCGGUUCAAAACUUUCUUUGUUAUGAAAUGUUCAGUUUAUUUUUAUUCAGAACUUUCUUUUCAAAUUAAUUUUUUAAAAAAACUUUUAUCUAUCUUUGAUGAAUUAAAUGCCUUUUAAUAUUGUAAAUUAUGAGUAUACAUAAUACAUUACAUUUCAAGUAUGUUUAAUGUAAAUCAUAACUGGAAAAUAUUGCAAUUUUUUCUAAUUUGGUGACUAUAAAAAUCCGUAAAAUUCCUUACGUGAAAUAUUUAGUACAUUAUGCAGCAAUUAUCAUAAAAUUCUUAUUAUUUCAUAAAAUCUUCUGAAUUUUUUCCUAUCCAUGUUGGCAGCUAUAUUUUUAUCUACAUGUUGUGUAAUAACAGGUAAUGGUUUAUUUGCUACAUAGUUGCUCAUAUUGUGAUUGCAUAUUUUGUUCUCUGUUCGAUACAGUAGAAUCACAGUACCAUUCUAUUCCUGUCACUAUAGCCAUAAAGAAAUAGAAUGUCUUAUGCCAUACCUUAAUAUAAACUAUUGCAUUUUUUUAUUUAUUAUUAUUUGAAAGUGGAUUUGAUCAACUAUGUAUGAAUCAAGUGUUUAGAUUUCAAUGGUGGAUAAUUAUAAUUUAACUUUUCCAAGACGGAUAUUUAUUUUUUGUUAAUGUCCAAUACAUUUUGUUGUGAGAAAAAUAUUCAUUAACAUUAUUGUUUUUUUUUCUACAUGCGUAAGUAUCAACAUAAUCUAUUUUGGAGGCAGAUUGCCUGAUUAGGAUGAAUUGAGUUAAAUUGCAGAUGUGAUAGAAUUAUAACUACUUUUUGAGACAAAAUGAAAAAGAUUUGCUAUUAAUCUCCAUUGUUAUGAGCCUCUUAUAUGUUUUGUGGACAUUUAUUUGAGGAUGCUUAUUUAUUUUUGUGUAACAAUCAAUAAAAACAUUUCUUAAUUUCAAGUCAAUAAAAAGUUGUCUAUGUGGUCACAUAUUUGGCAAAAAUAUUUAUAAAUAUUUAGACCUUUCAAAACAGGCCUUAAGUUAGCUUUUAUUUUUUGGGUCGAAAAAUGUAAUUUUAAAAAAAAAAUAAUUUAAAGCAAUGAAUGUGCAAAACAAAUUUUAAAUUUCAAGUUCAAAAAUAUGAAAGUUAGAAUAUAAAAUAACUAAUUAAAAAAUAGUUUAGAUUAUGAAAUAAUAGUAUAAAAUGCAAUAUGUACAUGAUGCAACCAAACCAAACAUACCAAAAUAUACAUAAUACUUUUUAUCUAACCAGAAAUCUACAUAAAAACUAACCCAAAGAUUGUGCUGAAAAUUGAAAAUAUGUUAUGGAAAAUUGAAGUAUUCUAUAGACCUAAGACCUGCAACUCUUUAUCAGAUAGAAAUUUUGAAAUUCAAAAAAAAUUGUGAUGCAACCUAAUAUAUAAUAAUUAAAAUUAUAUUUGCAACAUUACAAGUUAGUGCAUAUUUUCAAUAAUUGUUAGAUGUAACAAAAUUGCAAUUACUUUUUGAGUCACUGUAUGGCCAUAAAUGAAAAGAAUAUUGCCUUUUCAUGAGCUAUUACAUUUUUAUUUCACUUUUGCUCCUUACAUAUUUUGAAGACUCAAAAUAUAACAAGAUUUGAAUUUGAAAUGCUCUAGGCCAAAAGUUUGUUAUGGCUCUACUUUUUGAAGGGAGUGAAACAUUGUAUUAUAAUCAUAUUAAGAAUUUUUGUAAACAUUAAAAUUAUUUGAAACAUUA